AACAUUCUCUGAGUCCUGCUUUCCUUCCGAAACCUCUUUAGAACCCAAGACCGUUACUUAUCCAUAAAAAGACCCUUCUCCGUCGAAAUGCCUGGCGUCGCGGCGGACUCUACCACUUUCGCCAGCGGUGGCGCUUUAGUCCCAUUCGUGCCAGACACCGAAAUUGCCGUGGUGUACCCGCUUCACCACGGCCUAAAACCUCCAAUCUCUCGCGUCUCAAUCUCCUGGGCACGUGGAAACAAUCUCCGCAUCUCGUUACUCCGUAAUCUACCUUCCGAUUCCGACUCGGAUGGAUAAUUUUGGGAAAAAUUUGUGGAGGUGAAUCUCGGCAGCGGAGCAGCCGAUGUCAGAGACGCCGAGCAUUGGCGCCGCAUUCCCUACGGCUCCGUGACGCCUUUCGCGCUCCUUCAAAGCCGCAAGAAUGCAGUUUCGAGUUUUUAUAACCAGUCCCUCUCCAUAUCACCUUGACUGGUGGGAGUAUGUAAUGGAGUAUAGCAAGGACAUAAAUGCACUACUUGGGAAUCCAAAGUCAAAUGAUAGUUCUUUAAUUGAAGACCCUAAAGAAGUUUCGAAGAAAUUUCAGGAACCAACGAGUUUAAAGGCAGCAUGGGAGUUGAUGGAAAUGUUUUAUGUAGACAAAUUAUGUCAAAGCUGGUUACCGGAACGCCUUGUCGAUUGGUUGGCGGAUUAUGAUAGUCUAUUAUCAGGUGAUCAGCUGACUGUUCAUUCGAAACUUGUGGAGUUUCAAGGGAAACUAGUUACCUUACAGGUCAUCGAGGAUGAUCCUAAAUAUUGGGAGGUGAUGUUGUCUGCACUAGCAGUUGGUUGGCUAGAGAUUGUGGUGAAACAUUUGCUCUUGCAUGGAUCUCAUCAACUAGAUCAACUUGGCUAUAGAGAGGCUGUGGACACUGCUCUUCCGGGAAAAUGUCUCUCAAACGAACAUUUUGUUGAAUAAACUGCAAGAAUUGUCCAUGGCAAGUGUUCGUCCAGGCUUUGUCACCGCUGACUUGCCAACUGAGGCACUAAACUCUGUUAGGCUGGCUCUUGCCACAACUCUUGGGCGUGCCAUCUUAGAGGAACAAUGAUGCCUUGUUUUUUACGUUCUUGAAGCUAUUAAUGCACUCCCUGGUGACCAGGCAUUCAAGCCACAUGAUCACCAUCAUAUCGAAGAAAUGUUGACGGUGAAUUUGGGAUUCACUACAUGCUUGUUUAAAGUUCUGCAUAGCCAAUGUUCCACAAGAGAAACCACUGCUCCUCUACUUGCUAGAAGUAUUAAUUAGGCCCUGUUUGUUUCUUGAAAAGUAGUUUUAUUUUGGAAAGUGAAUUAUUUUCCGAUAUUUGAUAGUGUUAUGGAAAAUAAGUUGGAAAACAUUUUCCAGUAUCUGGUUAUGUCAUGGAAAAUGAGCUGAAAAAUAAUUUAUUAAUGUUUUAUUUUUUUUCAA